AUGAGUUCUCAUCAGGAUCACUACAAGAGACGAAAAGAGGGAGAGAUUGCAAUGCUGACCAGCGUGGAGGAUCUCCUUGAGAUUGAUGACCGCAUUGCCAGCAUCGAGAGCGAGAGAAGCCAGCUGGCUGCUCAACUGGAGCUGGCUCGGCAGGCAGCCGAGAAGAAGAGCUCGGUUGCCAGAAAGAUCGAAGUCCUUGCGAGUGAGAUCGCCCAGAGAGCCACUGACUUGGACAGUGUGAGGCAGCUGAAGGCGCAGUAUGGUGAUUUGAAAGUACUGUGUGAUUUGGAGAAGCUUUACGUCCUGCAGGAGGAGCAACAAAUGGCCCAGGAUCAAUUGCGUCAGGUGGGCGACGAGCUGAGCGAGCUGUCGCUUGUAGAGCCGGGCCAGAUAUCGCUGGACACCCUCUCGAGGCUGCACGCUGAGCUGUCGCGGAUCAGGCGAUUGCUCAACACUCCUAGUCCAGUCUACGACAGCUUUGAGAGCGUACUACGUUCCAGUGCAAACGACCUGUCUAACAAGUUUAACAGACAGCUAUUGGAAUCCAAGUGGGACACUCCAGCGUUUGUACCCAUUUCUACACAAACCAUCGAAACGAUGAGAGGGAUGUCGACUACACUGUACCGCUUGAGUCAGCUGAGAUUCACAAUUGAAGAGGAACAAACGUGGAACUUCAAAUGUAUCGCCAACAAUUUCACCAUCAGGUUCACAUACCAUUUCCACGAUGGCAACUUUAAGCUCGAGACGUAUUUCAAGUUCUUGAACGACUAUUUAACUGAGAAUCUGCACAAAUGCAUCGGAAUAUUUCACGACGAGUCCUUCGGACUCACCAAGGAGUACGUUCUCGACCAAUUCAUUGACCAUGUCUUGUUCCCCAUUAGAAGAGAGGUCCGCUCUAACUUGAUGAAAGAUGACAGAUCUGUUAAGUUUGCAUUGAUCUCACAGAUACUGACGACGGACAGAAGUCUGACCAAGAAUUUCCACUAUCACGGCGAUGGGCUUGUACCGCUAAUACCCGCAGAAGUCUGGGAUAUCUGGUUGAGCUACGAGGUUAGCACGGCUACCCGUCAGUUUCAGCAAAUUACUAAAGAUCCCAAGGAUAUGGCUAAAUCAGCGACAGAUUUCGUAAGGCUUGUGAACAAAAUAUACGAUUCUUUAUCGCCAUUUUACAGUUUUGAGGCUGAGUCAUUGAAGAGAUAUAAGCUAUUGACCUGCUCGCAGAUUUUUAUUAGUCUUUCGUCGGCGUACAUGGAUUACUUGCUUGCCGUGGAUGCUUUGGACGAACACAGAACCGCUGAGAAUGAGCUUUAUCAAACUCUAAUCAAACUGCAGAAUUUCAAUGUUGUGUACAGAAGGAUUUUUGAGCUUUCGCAAGAGUUUGUCAUGAUCCAGUUGACCGAAACCGUCAAUCUGAAAGAAGGCACCAAAUAUCAAUCUCUGUUCCAGAAUAUAUUGGGGGAAUACAAAAAGGUAAUCGACGAGGAAAUUCAACCUUCAGUGGUACGCAGGAUCAAGAAGCUACUGAAGGAAACCUUGCGGAACUAUUUCAAAAUAGGCUCAUGGUCGACACUAACUCGAGAUAGUUCAGUCAUGAGCGCAGAGAUAGUUAAUGCCGUCAAGCUCUUAAGCAGAAUUAUCAAAAGAUUGGAUGCGUUAGAUAUAUCACUGGAGGCAUGUCUGGGUAUUAAGAAUGAGCUGCUCAACAUUAUUGUCAACUACUUUAUUGAAUCCAUCCUCAAACUGAAUCGCUUCAACCAUGCCGGUCUGAAGCAGUUGGAGUUUGAUUUUCAUGCGCUUAAAGAAUCAUUAAACUUACCAGAGACUGUUUCCAACUGUCAAGACACGAUUCUAAGGGAACUUUUGAAAGUCCUAUUUGCGAAGUAUGAUGAUAGCUGCCGAGGUUUUUUCGACUCCUCAUACAUUAAAACAUCAGAAUUCUCCGCUCUCAGGGAUAUGCUGUCGAUCAGCGCCCUGAAGGACUCAGAGAUACAGGAUGCACUAUACAGGGUGGCAUACGGCAGUAUAAUAUGA